CGCGACGUGUUUGUCGAGAUCUUUGUGUAGCUUCGGGCUAGCUUCGGGUUGCUAGGGCUAGCUGCCUUGCGAGCUCCUGCAGCGGCAGCUAUUUUAAUUUAGAGUAGCAUUUAUUUUUUAGAUAAAACUAAGACUCUGUGUGUGUUUGUGCGACACAGCUCUGUCUUUCGGUUUCUUUGGCGGUUGCUUAUCAUUUUGAACUUCCGUUUUACCCUUUAAUCUCAUUGCAGGGGGCUGCUAACUAGCCAGUUGCUAGUGCUAACGCUAGCUCGGCCGUGUAUUUCUCUCUGCUUGUUUGUAACUAUGUGGUGUAACAUGUAUUUUUAACUAAACGCUAUGUUCGUCCGGGCUACUCGUUUGGUUGUUUCCCACCGUGCCGUUGCUACUGGAACUUUGUUCACCGUGCUGUUUGGAGCCGGGGUGCCAGCGGUUUGUGUUUGUGGGGCUGAAAACGCCAGGCUAGCCCGUUAGCAUGGGGAAAAUGGCUCGCUGUUCGAAAGCCAUUUUCCGAUGGAAACGGGGUCUCAGUGAAAGUGGGCUGAUGGCUGUAGGUGUUGUCCCCGCUCUGUUAAAACACCGUGUCGGGAUGGCAUUUUCAAAACGAAAGGGGGUUUUACUGAUAGCUACUUUGUGUUCUUCUCGUCGGUUGGCGAGGAUCGGGUGUCACUCCCCCGAUUCAGCUGGGGAGUCUGCUGAAGGAAAUGUCGGCCGUGUGUCGGGUUGGAGAUACCCCGCUUUGUCCUGAUAAAUUCACGCUGGGGCUAAACCCGACCGAGAAAAGGCGGACCAAGGUCAGCGAGCCCCGCUGCAGCUGUGAAGCCCUAAUCGGAGUGACAAAAACGCGAUUGUUGCAAGUAAUGAUUAGUUUUGUGAGAUUGAGUUUAUUGAAGAGUAUAAACAGCUGCGGUGGGAACGGUUGAGGCCAGGCGUUUUUUUAUCCCGGAUAAAAACAGAGCCGCGUUAUUCCCGCUGUGAUGAGAAACUAUUUGAAUCUAGAUGACUUAAAUAGCUCCGAGAACACAAACGAGUUUUCUCGUUAAAUAAUGUGUAGUUUAACGAGCCAGAUGGGUUUUUUUUUCAAGCAGGGACUCCUUUUGUUUACAUUAUGUGGGCUCGAAGCUUAGAGUUAGACAAAUGAGUUUACCGGAAAAGUGAAAGGAUUGUGACUGGUCGCUGUGCCGAGAUUGAGACGUGCUGAAUUAGAGCAAGAUUAUAGUGGAUAUUUCUUUGUGUACUUAAAGUAAACUAUACAUUUCUACGAGAAAAAUGUGCAGUAACAACAACAAAAAACUGUAAUAAGGCAAUAUAUAUCGUCUAGUAGUAAGAGAAAAAUAUGGCAGCAAAAAGGAUUGUCUUUAUUGCUAAUCCAUGUUUUUUUUUAUUAUCAUUCUUUGUUUUGAAAAAGUUCAGAAAACUGAAUACUGAUCAUAUGCAGAAAAAUAUAAUGAUUUAGUUAAAGAUUCUGCAUGUCACUGUGAUAUUAUAAGUAUGGAAAGUGUGUUAUACCUGUUUGAUUGAUUAAAAAAACAAACCAUUAAAUGAGUUAAAAUAAUCUGAUAUUUAAUUUCAAGUGUGAGAUUCCAAGUAGUGGUCUUGUUUGAUGCUUAUUAGUAUUGCUUUGAACACUUCACUGCUUCUUUGGGAUUGGCUGUUUCUUCUGGUUGUGCCUCACACCAAACAUCUGUCUCAACUCAACACUGCCUCCCUAUUAACUCUGGCCCCUUCUCUAUGCUGCUUUGUUAAACUCUGCUGAGUCUGAGCAGGAGCUCUGUGGUCCUGUUCUCCUUCCUUCUCUGAGCUGCUUUUACAUAUAGAUGAGUAAAUGAUACCUCAUUGGCUGGUGUGACCCCCGCAGGCCCACCGCCUCCCAAGGUGGGCCUCAACCGGCUCAAACUGAACUGAUGGGUCUAAGGGAGAAAAUGGCCUUCACAGAAGACUGAAGAGCUAAGCCCUCCUCAUUCCUUCCCACUUCCCUUACAUCACUGUUCAUUGCUGUUGUGAACUGUGAUUCCCUCCUACCCGUUUGCUUUAGAGUACUAUGGCAAUGCAUGAUAUGAGUCGUGCCAAGGGUUUCCCCUGUAAAGAGUGUGAUAUGGUUUGCCCGAGUACUCCAAGUCUUCUAGAGCAUAUGAAAGCACAUUAUCAACAAGAAGAGACAGGACGUUUUGAAUGUGAACAGUGUGGCCGAAUUUACAAGCACGCAGCUAGCCUAGCUAAUCACAAAAAAUCACACGAAGUGGGUUCAUUUCAGUGCCCUGUUUGUACCCGUACCCUUCCUAACGCAGUAGCUUUAAAGAACCACCUACGGAUCCAUACAUUAUCCCCCAGUAGUGCACAUACUGAAGAAGAAAGUGAAGAAGUAUCUGAAGAAGCAGGCCACGACGAGAGAGACUACGGUCUCGCCCAGGACCUCUCAGACGGGUUUGGGCGGUCCCACUUGAAUAACAGUGGUAUGGGACAUAGUGUCUUACAAAGCCACGAGACUGACGACCACGAAAAAAAAGGCUCACCUGAAUCUGACAGUGCUUGGGACAGACCAUUUAAGUGUGAUCAGUGUGACAGAACAUACCGGCACCACGGUAGCCUGGUAAACCACAAGAAGUGUCACCAACAAGGAACUUUUAAGUGUGCUGUGUGUUUCAAACAAUUUAGCAAUCUGGCUGCUCUAAACAGUCACGAAAGAACUCACUCGAAGUUCAAGCCUCCCGGAGCAUCCAUGGUGAGCAGCAGCAGCGGCACCCAGCCAUCCCAGAGUGAUAAUACAGCCUCUUGUUUCUGCCACCUGUGCCAGUUAGCUCUCCCAAAUAAGGCAGACUUUCAAGAACAUAUAUUGCUGCACAACACCGCUUCACCCUCUCUUGGUCUCCCACGCAGUUUCCCAGGCAUCAUGGCUCACAAUUUAAGUGCAGUGCGAUCUCCAGCAUACACCCCGGCUUUGGGAGACCCCCUGCCCUUGCCUCCUCUGCCAAAUGAGAAAAGAGGUCCCUAUGAUCCUAUAAUGGGCCCUCCAGUCAACAAUCCUAUCUAUACCUGUGCAUACUGUGGUGCAGGACAUCCAGACCUGGAGACUUUGAAAGUUCACUAUUUAACCCAUGAUCCUCAUCCUGCUGCCCAUGGCCAGGACAGUUCCAUCCUCAACUCAGACGCAUUAAGUUCUGGAUCACAGGGAUCUGUGUCUUCUCCCUCUGGAGGCCGUGUGCCCCAGGCCAGUUCUCCAGAUGAUGGGGAGAGACGUUUUAAAUGUGGAGAAUGUGGAAAAAGUUACAGGCAUGCAGGGAGCCUAGUUAACCACAAACGCUGCCAUCAGACAGGCCAAUACCAGUGCACCAUUUGCUGUAAGCAGUAUCCUCAUCUGGCAGCACUACACAGCCACCUACGAAGCCACAAGGGCCGUUCUUCUAACCAGCCCAUCAGUAAUGAUAGCAAUGACUGGCUAUCUUCAGAGCCACUAACGCUGGACUCUCAACAGAGUUAUGUUCAGGAAGGCAGUGGUGCCACCACUCCAAUCUCACUGCCUGGAAAUCUUGGUGAUGCAGCCCACUUUGUACAAGAUGGUGGCCACAGCAGUGGGUUGGACUCUCUUGAGUUCCAUGAUCGUUUUGAUGGCAGCUCACUUUCUCAAAGCAACUCUGCUCACCGCCAGGCUGACAGACAUGUAUGCGCCGAUUGUGGUGAGAUGUAUGCAGAUGUAUCUGGCAUCAAGUCACACAUGUGCCCCCGUCGUGGCCAGCAGCAGCAGUCUCAACAACAGCAGGGCAACAUAUCCAAUGGCUUUAUGGGAAACAUGAACUAUCACAGUUCUAGUGGUACCUCUUUGCCUACUGGAAGCUCCAGCAGCAUGAAACAAAGUAGCAGCCAACGAGCUUACUCUCAAACUGGAGGCAAGCGAAUGGGAAGCAAUGACAAAGAUGAUGAGGAUGAUGGAGAGGUAUAUCAGUGCUCAGUGUGUGGUAACCACUAUGCCAGCCUUAGAGCUCUCAGGAGCCACCUGCGCAGUCAUGCCAAUAACCCUACAGGACCAGGACCUUCCAACUUGGAGCAAGAUUGGAGGAUGAUCUGCUCCACCUGUGGCCAGAGCUUUUCCAGAAAGCAAGAUCUUUUAAAUCACCAGUUAGUCCAUGGCCCCCAAAGACCAGAUGGCCAGCAACAGAGUAUUGGAGGAAAUUCCACUAAUGGUAAUGACAAGAUGGAUGGACGCAACCACAUUUGCGUGGACUGCGGCAUGUUUUUUGCCGACCGCCACCAUCUGAUAACACAUCUGUGCCCUGGUAAGAAUCGGGCCACCUCACUGAACAAGCAGGGCCUGAACGGAGCCAAAGGGAUGUCUGGUGGAGAGGGUGUAGGUGGCGUUGCCGGAGGAAGCAGUGAUAGACAUAGGCCAAUGCUUGACCAAAGUGACAAACCACAUAAGUGUGAUCAGUGUGGACGAGGAUACAGACACCCAUGCUCACUCCUUAACCAUAAGAAGUCUCAUAAGACUGGUGUUUUCCGCUGCUUGGUGUGCCAGAAACGCUACUACAAUCUACUGGCUCUCAAGAAUCAUCAGAGAACCCAUUUUGAUCUCAAGAGGCACAAAUGUGAAGAAUGUGGGAAGGCCUUUAAGAUUCAAAAACAGCUGAUAAACCACCUCCGUCUCCACGAGGAGCAUCGGGCCAAAGGUCUUGUUAGGCAGCCUGGCCCAUCUCAGAUUCAUACUAUGAGAGGAGAGUCAUCAAAGGGGCAGGUAAUGGGAGUUAAGUACAGCCAUCAAGGAUUCAAAAAGCCGUAUUCUUCUGCCGGAACUUCAAGGCCCCAGAAAUUUGAUCCAGCUGAAAGUGGAAGGCGGCCUUUUGCUUGUGAGGAAUGUGGAAAGACGUACCGUCAUGCAGGAAGCUUGGCCAAUCAUAAAAACCUUCACAAAAUUGGAGAGUACCACUGUAAUGUGUGUAAUUCAACAUACCCCAACAGGUUGGCAAUGAAAAACCACUUACGUCUUCAUUUUGCCCAGAAAAAGCACAAUUGUCAAGACUGUGGCAAGGGCUUCCGAACCCAAAGGCAGCUAGCGACCCACACAACAGCUGGACUGUGUAAAGGCCCACAGGGUCCUGGAGCCCAGAUGGAUUUUGAGUGUGACGGCUGCUGUGAAGGCUUUGCUACUGCAGAUGAGCUUGCAGCCCACGACUGCCCUGCCCAGCAUCUGCCUUCAUCCUCCACCACCACCACUUCCACCAACAUCAGUAUUGAGAGAAGCUCUGUAGACCUGGACUCUGAUGAGAGACCAUAUGCUUGUGACUUGUGCAGUUGUACGUACAAACAUGCAAGCUCUUUGCUAAACCACAAGCACACUCACAAAACUGGCAACUUUCGAUGUAACUUCUGUGAUAAGCCCUACACCAACUACAUGGCGCUACGCAACCACAUGCGCAUCCAUACCCAGCGGAAGAAGCACAUUUGCCACACGUGUGGAAAAGCUUUCCGACUGGCCAGAUUCCUUCGAAACCACCAGAAGGUCCACGAAGAGGGUGCAACGCCCUUUGGCUGCCCUACAUGUGGAAAGAGUUUCCAAGGAAGAUCUGGUCUGGCCAGGCAUCGCUGCGGGGACAACCAGGUAGGCAUGGAAGUCAGGAGGAAGGCCACUGCACCCACUGGAGAGGGCGAAGAGUGUCGGUACACAUGUGAUCAGUGUGGCCGCUCCUACCGCCAUGCCAGCUCCCUACUCAACCACAAAAACACCCACACUGUUGGCAUCUACCACUGUGCAGUGUGCCUCAAAACCUACUCGAACCUGCUUGCCCUAAAGAAUCACCGCCGCAUCCACUCCGAGACACGGCGCCACCGUUGCCACGACUGUGGCAAGGCCUUUCGUGUUUCGUCUCAGCUCUACAACCAUCGACGUGUCCACCAGAAGCAGCGGGAGCUGACGUGCCGGUCCUGUCAGAGAGCCUUUCCCACACAGGCCAGUUUCAGACUUCACAUGGAAAUCACUCAUGGCCAGCCGCUUCAGUCCCGUCAGCCCAGAUCCCAGCAGCCUCGACCAGGGGGCUCCCAGGAGCUAGGCUGGGGCUCAGGCCUAGACCUCACCUUGAUGCAAGAGCAAGGACUUAACCCUGGCAGCAUGGCUAGAGCUCGCAGCCACGGGGACAACCGUCAGGUCUUGAAAUCACAUGUCUGUGACCAAUGUGGCCGUUCUUACCGCCAUGCCAGCUCCCUGCUCAACCAUAAAAACAGCCACAAAACUGGGACAUACUUUUGCACCUCAUGCCAGAAGGAGUUCCCUAACUUAAUGUCCCUAAAGAACCAUAGAAGAAUUCACACUGAACCUAAGCGCUACCAGUGCCCGGACUGCGGAAAGUCCUUCCGUGUAUCCACCCAACUCAUCUGUCACCGUCGCAUCCAUACCAAGGAGAAACCGUUUUCCUGCCAGCAUUGUGACAAGCGCUUCUCCUCCAAGUCCAACUUGAGGCACCACAUGAAGGUGCAUUGGAGCAGCUCAACGGCGCCCCCUCCCAUGGCCAUGGGUGCGCCCAACUUUCUGGAUCAGAGUCCGGAGAGUCCAAGCAGCUCCAGGAGCUUCGUCUGCAACCAGUGUGGCCGUUCUUACCGCCAUGCCAGCUCCCUGCUCAACCAUAAGAACAGCCACAAGACUGGCGCCUACUUCUGCAACUCCUGUAGGAAGGAGUUCCCCAACCUGAUGUCCCUCAAGAACCACAGGCGGAUUCACACAGAACCCAAACGCUACCGGUGUCCCGACUGUGGCAAGUCCUUCCGGGUGUCCACCGCACUCAUCUGCCACCGUCGCAUCCACACCAAGGAGAAGCCGUUCUCCUGCCAGCAGUGUGACAAGCGCUUCUCCUCCCGCUCCAACCUGAGACACCACAUGAAGGUGCAUUGGAGAAACCCGCUGUCCAGGGGGAUGGCGUCUGCCUUCCUUACUGUCUCCUCCAGGCCUUUCUAAACAUCCAGCCUCGCUCUUCUCCUACUGCCUUGUGUUGACUUGAGGAUGUCUGGAUCAGACCAUUCUCUUCUGCUGGAGAGUCACAGACCUGACAGUCCAUUUACACUGUAUAUAAUUCAAUUCACUGUGGGUUUGUCUUCUUUUUAUACCAUUUCAAUUCUUAGACUUUUUAAUGCUUCCAUAAAGACUGUUACACAAAACAGACUAUUUCAUUUACACGCUGAAAACCUGCAGUCAUAGAAAGUGUUUGCGCAUGAGCACUACCUUUUACUCACAGCAAAAAUGUGAGGAGUUUUCAAUUACUCUGAACAGUAAAGAGGCUUUUACAUUGUCAGAGGCACAUCUGUGUUUUGUCAUGGACUGUGUAUGGCAGCCUGAGUGGAUACGCCAGUGACUCUUGACUUGACCUGUGGCUGGUGACAGUAAUGGUGACGCUCUGAAGCACAAACCUCUCGAACUACACAUUUCCUUCUUGUGACAUCAUCUUCCACCGCUUCUGCAGUUGAGACUUCUGUACAUAUUCAGGACGUCAAUGUGGACAUGAGGUUUUUGGAGGAUAUGAACAGCACCUCCACAUGUAGACAUAAAGAAGACAGCAACCAGGAUAUGUCUGCUAAAAAGCUAAGCAAACUAGCUGCUUCAGUAUGAAUCCAACCUCCUUUUAUGUUUUCAGUCCUCGUCUUCUGAAGGAAUGCUGAGGAAGCGAACAACAACUUGUGUAGGUAGAGACAAACAUUUCCACCUUUUCUUUUUAAGGACACAAAGGUGAUGGGACACCACAAUGAUGACAUUCAUUUAUGUCUGGCUCUUCACAAAAGCUUUAUAAGAUUUGAAAACUGGAUGACGUAGUUUCGGUUCACUUGCGUCCAAACUGGCUCAAAGUGAGAGAAAAAAAGUUUGUCUUUGUUAAGUCAACUGAUUAACUCAUUAUCAAGUAUAAUGUGAGUUUUUAAAAUGAUGAAUCAUUCAUUAGUGUUGUCAUUCUACCAAAACCAACUAUAAUUUGGGAAUGACAGAAUAAUCUUUUAUUAUUUUGUCAUUGCUGAGCUGAUGUCCAGUGAUUCUAAAAUACGUUCUCGUGAUUGAGAUAAAGUGUCUCACUUUGUAAUGUGAAUAUGAAACUAAGAAGUCGUUAUUAAGUAUCUCCUGCCUAUGAUACAUGUUACAGUCAACAAGGCUAAGACAGUGAACCAUGUUCCCAACACACAGAGAGAUGUGGUAGAGAUGUGACACUACAGUAUGUUGUGCCAAUGUUUUCAGUUUUGUACCUCUGUGGGUGAACAUAAAGAAUCAUUAAGGUAUUUGUUGAUUCAUGAAGACAUAUUUUGGGUCUUUAUUGAUAAUCAAGACAAGCUAAACUCAGGAGGGUAUUCUCUGACAUCACACCAUGGAAACAGACUAGACAUCUGAAAUAAGUGCACAGCGGAAAAUCAUUAGACAUUCAUGACGGAAAAUAUAUUGAUUAUGUUACUGUAGCUCAGGACAUAAUUAGGACCAACUACACAACCUUUUGUAGUUGCAUUUAAUGCUCAUAAGAACUUUCCAAUAUAAUCUAGUGUAAACACAGACUUUCAGAAGACAUUGUAAAAACAUUCAUCCUGGAUUCUCAGGGGGCCCUUUAAAAUAUCUGGCGUCACUUAAAGUAAACAUGGUUGCCACAUGCCCUUGUUUAGUGGGAAUCUUACAGUGGUUCCUGCCUUAUGUGUUUGUACUAUUCCUGUCAAACACAAGAAGCUGGAAAAUGCUGUCUUAGAAAACAAAGACAAAGUGACAGUAUCAUUCAGCUUCUGAUUGACAGACAGCUGAUUAAAGUAUCAGCAGCAGUGGGUAGGUAGGCUGAAUUGAGGACUGUGUAUGGGAAUCACUGUUAUAUUAUAACAGAGUAUUAUUGUGUCUAACACUUUUUUUCCUUUUCCAAAUUAUUGAGAACAUGUUUUCUUAGUCAUGUUCAACCUCUUACUCAUAGGGAAUUGUCUUAAUUAUAGACGUCAUUCUAAUUCAUGGGCGAUUAACCAACCACAUGAAUUUAAAUGUAGUUUUGUCAUUAUUGUCCUCUUCAUUUAUUUUGGAUUUCCUUCGUGGGUAAAGUUGAUGGUGGAAUUCAAGAGACAUCACAGUUUUUUAGUUUCACACUACAGCAUCCAGCUUGAAAUGACUAAUAACGUCCUCAUGCAAUGAUGAGAAAUUAUGUGUUUGUUAGGUCCUGAAUGUUUCAGGUCUGAUCCCAGCUGCUCACCUAUAUACUGUAGUCUGAUGACAAUUAAAGAGAAGUAUGUGCUGGUGAGGUAUCCUCUUACUGUAUGUGGUCACAAACCACAUACACAAAACUACAAUUGUUUUCACAAAACAAAAAACUUUAGUUAUUUGAUCCAUAAACAAAUGGUCACAAAGUCUUCAAUGACCACAAAAAGAAGUUAGACAUGUUUUCUGAGAUUCACGAUUAUAACGUCUCAUAUUUUAUCUUUUAAAUGAUCUUUCAGAAAUGAUUUCAGAAUUGUCAGAAAGCAUUCAUAUCAAAUAUAUUUUCAUAACUGAAACUUUUAUAGAUGACAUACUAAGACACAAAAAAAUCAUGAAAAAGGAUGUAAAUUUGUCUUUGUCAACAUAUACCACAACUUGGUAUUACAAUAUUGUGGUUUCUAUGCUUUUUUAAUAGUUUUAAGAAGAAUUUUGUCAUAUAGAUGUCAAAUAUUGUCAACUAUAUAUGUAAUAAAUAGAUAUGACUAUGAUUUGAUUAUGAUGAGAAAAAAGACAAAUAUAACAAGCAAAUUUGGAUUUUAACAGCUUAAGCUCACAACAUAACUUAGAUUAUCUGAUGAUGAAGUGAUGAAGAAGCAAUUAAGUAAGAGCAGUGAUUCAGUUUCACCAAACUCUAACUGCAAAUCUUGGUUUUAAUAUUCCAUUUCAGCCUACUGAAUACCAACUGGCAUUAUGAGUGUUGUAAAAGGAAUUCAUUAACAAAAGGAAUUUCAAACUGUGGAACAUGAACUCAUAAAGCUUUAUUUAUGCCAUUUAUAGGUGUUUAUGAUAUUUGACGAAUCUGUCUGCUGUAUUUGGACUUUUUGACAUUUUACAAAAUGUAUUUGUAUUUACAUGAAUGCUUUCCCAUAGGCAUGAACACAUUAUAUAGACUUAUUUUACAGAGAGAACAAAAUAACCGUUUAUAUUUAGCAACAAGAAAUGUUUCUUCAAAUAUACAAGAUUAAGUCAGAAGAGAAAACAUGUCUAAUUUACUUUUUUUUGAAUCAAUACUUUGGCAUUUGGAAUUUUGUUUCAAUAGGUUUAAGGUUAUCUGAUUGCUAAUACAGUGAAAAUUGUUGAUAUAUUACAAAAGUCACAUUCCUGUAUAUUAGAUUCCUCCAGGACACAACCUUUAUUCACUUAAAGGAAAAGUUGCAUUUGCUCAGAUUAAUCUGCAUUAGCAGCAGUUCUAGGGAUGCACAAUGGUGUAGUAGAAAGUGACUAGUAGAUACCUAUAGCAGUAGGCUCCUUGUGCUGUACUGUCACUGUACCUCUAUAUUAUAACCUCUGUAUAAACCUUUAUACACAAACAUAAGUGUACAAUGUCUUUUAUUUCUAUAAUGCGUGAAAAAUGACUCCCAGGCAUGAGUGCUGAGCUUUAAAGAAGCAGUGCUUGGUGAGAAACAGUGUAAGAAUGUCACUGAAAGCAGUAAAUAUUAACCCUUUAAUCACUUCCUUUAAAAAGUUAAAUGCUUCUUUUAAAAAAAAAAUAACUGUCUUUGUUGUAACUAAAUCUUGUUUUGUCAAUCAUAUAGUAUUUCUAAAUAGUCAGCAGGGCGGUGUAUGGAUUUAUUGUAAAACUUACAUUCUAAUUUUGUUUGCUUUUUUAAAACAAAAAUAGAUAAAAUGUUUAAUAUAAAAGUUUACAUCAGUAUUAAGUAAACAAAAAUGCUUGAGGGUAUUAAAUGUGCCUUAAACCCCCACUCAUCAUAAUUAUAUAACGUAUAAAGUAUGAUGCUGUAGAACUUGCAGAAAUAGUGUUUAUGAAGGUAAGUAAGAUAAGUACUUAUAGGCCUCUCUGUACUGCCAGUGAUGGUAUAAAAUGUUACAAUCUAUAGCCAUAAAGAAAUUGAGUUAUAACUUAUAAUUUAUAGUAGAAAAAUACCCCACAUACCUAAAUGACAGAUGGGAUUGGCUUUGGCAUAACCCUUGCAGCUAGUUUACAGACAACACCUCUGAUAUAAUUAAGAGCAAAUAUAGCUGUAUGAAUAAAUUAAUAAUUAUGAUUACAAAAAACAUAAUACUGCUUUUAGUAGCUAUAUUAACUUUUUAAAAGCACAAAUGGGUUAUACUUACUACAGUUGCAAAAAGAAGAUCUAUUAAAUAAGUCUAAUGAGGUAAUCAAGCCAAUCAGUUCUAGUCUACAAACAAUAGGAAAUUAAAUACUAGCUGUUAGAAUGUUUGUGAUUGCUUGUGAUUUUAAUAUACAGUAAAUGAAAUACUGCACUGUUUUAUGGCAGCAGUAAAUGUUACAACAUGUGAACACCAGAUGUCAAAGCCUGACUCUGGAAUGCCAAUUAACCUUCAUAGAUAGAAAACAAAACAUAAAUGCCACCGGAACAAGUGAUUAAAAGACACAAGGCAAUAAAGAUUCUUGCAGGCAAUGAGCAUACACUGAACAAUCCUUUUCUUUAUUCAUUUUUUGUUAUCAUUUCAAUAUUUCUGUCAGGGUUUGUUUUUUUUUAGUUUUUGUUUUAAAUUAAAAUUUUGACACACUUAUAAAAGACAGCAUCUGCAUAGAGUUGUCAUCUUAAAGAUC